GCGGAUGCUCAGCUGAGCCGGGCUCGUGGGGCGGAGCGCUGGGGGGCUGGAGGCGGAGCGGGGCCGAGCCGAGCCGAACCCGGCCAUGGGGCUGCUGAACUUCACCCGCGAGCCGGUGCCGGAGGCGGUCAGCGCCGACCUGCAACUACUCAACCAGCUGAGCGCGCAGCAAUUUUCUACACUCGUGGAGGUGCUUUUCCAGUUCUUAGGAGAACCAAAAGAGGUGGAGAGAUUCCUGGCUCACCUGUCCGACUUUGCUGCGGGGAAUAAAAUCAGCCUCGGCCCUUUGAAGAGUAUUGUCAAAAGCCUCCUGCUGGUGCCCAGUGGUGCUUUAAAGAGGAGCUUGUCUGCUGAAGAGGUCCGAGCAGAUCUUAUCACCCUGGGGCUGAGCGAGGAAAAGGCCAGGUAUUUUGAAGAACAGUGGAAGGGGAACUCUCCCACCCUCUCGCGACUGGCCGUGGGGCAGACGCUGAUGGUUAACCAGCUAAUAGACAUGGAGUGGAAAUUUGGGGUGACGGCCGGAAGCAGUGAGCUGGCAAAGGCAGGAAGCAUUUUCUUGCAGCUGAAACUGGUGGUGAAGAAAGGCAGCCAGACGGAGCCGGUGUACCUGGAAUUGACCCUGCCCCAGUUUUACAGCUUCCUCCACGAGAUGGAGAGAAUUAAAGCCAGCCUGGAGAGCCUCAGCUGACUUUCCGGCCCACCAGCCUCUGCAGCACAUCUGGACCAAGAAAGGACAGCAAGACCGCUCUGGCCCUACCAUUUUGCUGAGCAAAAAAAAGGGGUGGUGGGAUUCCGUCCUGGAUUUGGUGGGCAAAAUACACUUCCAGGAUGAAAAUGGUUUGCAAAACCUGGUGGAGACCAGCUUUUCCAUCAGAGGGUUCUGAAAGCAAAGUUGAGAUGGAAAAUAAAGUUUCUCCUUUCAAAAAA